GCGCAUUUAAAUUAAUAUUCAAAAGAGACGGAAUCAACAAACUCAAGUUGGAAAAGAACAAUGUGGUUGGGACUUCUUGACAUCAGAUCUACCCUCCUUUGUUCAUUAGAUCUAUGGUGGAGCAUGUGAAUGGAAUUGACCGUCACAAUGCUCGAUGAACUUUGCUAUCCGCCGGUGCCCACUGAUCGAUCGCCGACUAAAAGCAUGCAGAAGGGACAAGCUCUUCUUCUUUCUUCUCUUCCAUUUGUCACCACGUUGCUGGUUCCUCUGCUGCUCCCAACGCAUGAAACGCGACGUCUGCAUUUGACAGACGACCGACGAAAAAGACAGCGCUCGACCCGCCGCGAUGCACGCCGGCACGUCGCUUCCAGUCUCAGCUGAGCUGGAACCAUAUCUUAUCAGCGAUCUUUCUCGGGAGGAAUUAGGAAUCUACAGUGGCGGAGAUGCCUUAACAUGGGUCUCGGUAGCAGCCAAAGCAGAGCGUUACAGUGGGAAAAGUGAAGCUUGUAUAACUUGUGUCUCAAGAAAUGCUAGGGCACCGCUGCGUGCUGCUCAAUUUGCUGCCUGUAUCAACCUCAUCCACUGUGCAAGUGGGAGUGGAAGAUGGUUUCUUUAUUUGUUCCACGUCAUGGCCGCAGGGUUGCAGGCAGCCUUUGUUCAUGUUCUGUUCUUUCAUGCUCUGUAAAUUAAACCUCUGUUUUCAACCCUCAAUCGCGCGGCAGGGCUGGAUGGGUUGGGAAGGGGAAGUUGGUUCAAUG